AGCCCGUGCGUGGUUCACUCCCUACGCCAUAGACUAUCGCGCUGCUAAUGACCAGGCAACUUCUUUCAGAGAGCACAAAGAAUAUCUUAGCCCCCAUGGCGUCGAUCCUACGACAAAUUGUCGCCGGUCCUCGACAGCAGCAUCCUGAAGCAGGCCUGGACCUAUGCUAUGUGACGGACAAUCUAAUCGCAACAUCCGGCCCAUCUUCCAACUACCCGCAACGCGCAUACAGAAACCCCCUCGAUGCACUCGUGCAUUUCCUCGAUUCCAAACACGGUAGCGACUGGUGUAUCUGGGAAUUCCGUGCGGAGGGAACAGGGUACCCCGAUUCGGAAGUAUAUGGUCGAAUCCAUCAUUACCCAUGGCCGGACCACCACCCGCCCCCUUUCGCUCUACUACCAGCUAUUACGGGGAGUAUGCGCAACUAUAUUCACAGACUCGAUGAUCCAGAGUCCGCGAACAAGUUGACUAGCAAUAAGCCCGACAGGGUUGCCGUCGUUCACUGCAAGGCAGGCAAAGGCCGCAGUGGGACCGUCGCCUGCAGCUACCUGAUCAGCCAGGAAGGAUGGAAGGCAGAGGACGCAUUGCAGCGAUUCACGGAGCGCCGGAUGAGGGUCGGGUUCGGUGCUGGUGUGAGCAUUCCCAGCCAGCUGCGCUGGGUGGGAUACGUGGAUCGGUGGACCAAUCAAUUGGGGAAGAAGUACAUCGAACGACCGGUCGAGAUCCUCGAGGUGCAUGUCUGGGGUCUUCGGGACGGAGUAAAAGUCGCAGUGGAGGGCUAUGUCGACCAUGGGAAGAGGAUCAAGCGAUUCCAUCGCUUUCACAAGACCGAGCGCACGAUCGUUGACGACGUGGACGUCUCAUCUUCAGAGAGCAAGAACGAAAGCACGAACCCGCUACAGAAACAGAAGGAAAGCAGUAGUGGCAGCAGCAGCCCCAAUAGCGCCGAAAAGUCCUUGAAGCCAUCGCCUACCGGGUCCUCCACCCCCGAAAACCCAGCCUCCUCGGUCACGACCGAUUCGACAUCCACCCCCUCAGCGCCCCCCAACAAAACCCAUAGCAGCCCGAUCAAACACAUAUCCAACGCCAUCUUCCGCCCCCGACAACCCAUCAUCGUCCCCGCCUCAGAUGUCAACAUUGACUUUGAACGCCGCAGCAAGGCCGCCUACACCGGCUGGGCGAUGGUCACCUCCAUCGCCCACGUCUGGUUCAACGCCUACUUCGAGGGUGGCCACCAGCACGACUCCGGGGUCUUCUCCUGCGAAUGGGAUGGCUUAGACGGCAUCAAGGGCACCACCCGCAAGGGCGUGAGGGCCCUCGACCGCGUCAAGGUCGUCUGGCGGUACGCGCCUUCGCAGCAACCUGGCGUCGGGGACAGCGGCGAUAGCCUUGAACAACACAAGAACACCACCACCACCGAAGAAGGUCAACCCAUCUCUGAGCCCAAACCCGGGGAGCCUGCCCCGGAAACCCAGCCCCCAGACUGGCACAUCAAGGCCACAGACUCCGAGCAGCAGGAGAAUCUAGACCCAUCGGUGGCACCGAACAACAGCACGAGAUCCCUCACCCAUAAAAGCCACAAGCACGGACACGGACACGGCCACAAAUCCUCCACGACAUCUGACCACUCGAUCACCGCGGAGCUCACGGCCACCGCCGCCGCCUCGCUGCAAGACUGGGGCAAGCACCUGGGCCUGCGCAAGCAGACGGACGAGAGCAAGGACACCAGUUUGGCGGGGAGUGAGGAUGAGGUGCGAGAGGCGGAGGGGAAGGCCAAGACGAAGACCUGAAUUUCGUUUCGUUCUUUCUCGAAAUACAAAGAUUCCCCCGUUGCAUGGUUUUGCUGUCUAGCUUUGAAUCGGGGUUUGUUGAUAUCCAGCUUCCGGAGUUGUAUCCUUUGGGGACCACUCGGAGAACCAGAGAAGUACAUGCAGGUGCCUCCCUAGGGGCUUACAUCCUACUUUUUGGUGGAUAUCUCGUUGUCCUAAUCAUACAGGGAAAGAGAAGAUUUUGUACAUAGAUAGAGUACACGCUAUAUUUUCAGUUUGGGCGUUGGGAAGAUGGAGGAAACAUGCUCGUCUGCCCUGCACGUAAUAACCGCAGUAGCGCAGGACGCAGGAUCAAUUGAGUUCAAGGGGUCUCUAAAGCUAAUAUAUGGAAGCUUAUGUACAUCACAUCUUAAACAAGUUGUUUUUGGGGGUA